CUGAAACUUCAAAAAGAGCCUCCUUUUAUUCCUAAACAGACACUACAAAAACAUUUUCUGUUUUAGGAAACCCUUUCAAAUGGAGAAAGUAGUAGCAUCUCCUCGUCAAAUCCAACCCCCAACUUAUGGAAACUUGAUAACCAUUCUUAGCAUUGACGGAGGUGGCAUUCGAGGAAUCAUUCCGGCCACUAUCCUUACUUACCUUGAGUCCCAACUUCAGGAGCUUGAUGGGGAAGAUGCAAGACUUGCAGAUUAUUUUGAUGUGAUUGCUGGAACAAGCACCGGUGGCCUUGUAACUGCUAUGUUAACUGCUCCAAAUGAAAACAAUCGUCCUCUCUUUGCUGCCAAAGAUAUCAAGAAUUUCUAUCUUGAGCACUCCCCCAAGAUUUUCCCACAAGAGAGGGGACCAUUCGAUCAAUCAUAA